GCUUCAUUUCCUCGAUGCUGCAGAGCAGGAGCUGGAUGACAUGAUGCUGCCGAGCCCGCUCACCUCCACGCCGUUUUCAGUCAAGGAUAUCCUCAAGCUGGAGCAGCAGCAGCAACAACAGCAGCAGCAGCAGUCCGGGUCAUUGGAGCACCAGCACCGGGCACACACCCAGCAGCACUUGGCUGGAUCUCCUCCCCACCAGCAGCAGCACUAUCAAACCCCGCCGUCCUGCAUGCUGGCCGGGGCCCGGGACAGCCCUUCCUUCUCGGAGGGGGAAGACAACCUGGCUUACCUCAGUGCGCUGGCGGUGCGGGAGGAGGACCGCGGGGAGACGAGCCUGUCCCCGGAUAUGUACGUGCACCACGGCCUGCAGGGAGCCAAGCUGGAGGCCGCCGAGCUGGAGGAGCAGGAGAGCAAGAGCUGCGGGCUGGUGUCCAGGUCUGAGGCAGCAGAGGGCGGGCAGGGAGACUCAGAGAGGCCGGUGCAGAAGCAGAGGAGCCGGCGGAGACCCAGGGUGCUCUUCUCCCAGGCGCAGGUCUUCGAGUUGGAGAGACGCUUCAAGCAGCAGCGCUACUUGUCUGCUCCUGAGCGGGAGCACCUUGCCACCACUCUCAAACUCACCUCCAACCAGGUGAAGAUCUGGUUUCAAAACCGGCGCUACAAGUGCAAACGCCAGCGCCAGGACAAAUCUCUGGAGGUGGCCGGGCAGCAGCACCAUCCUCCCCCGCCACGGAGAGUCGCUGUGCCGGUGCUGGUCCGAGAUGGGAAGCCGUGUCUGGGAGGCACGCAGAGCUACGCAGCCGCAGCUCCAUACGGAUCCAACCCGUACAGUUACAAUGGAUACCCGUCCUACACGUACAACAACCCCGCUUAUAACAGCAACUACAGCUGCACGUACACCAGCAUCCCCUCGCUCCCUCCGUCCAGCACUCCUAACGCCUUCAUGAACAUGAACUUGGGAAAUGUCAGCGGCCUCAGCGGCUCUCCACAGGCCCAAACACACCAAGGGACAGCGGUCACACCCUGCCAAGGCUCCCUGCAGGGCAUCCGGGCCUGGUAG